GAACCGGGCGGAAGCGGCGACAAGGGAGGGGCGGGGCUAGGCAGCGGCUUCCGGGCGUCGCGGCGGAAGUGCCGGUAUCCAGGGGGGAGCGCGGCCGGAGCGGCGCGGCCAGCCAUGGGCCGCCGCAAGUCGAAGCGGAAGCCCCCCCCCAAGAAGAAGGUGACGGGGACGCUGGAGACGCAGUUCACCUGCCCCUUCUGCAACCACGAGAAGUCCUGCGACGUCAAGAUGGACCGUGCCCGCAACACAGGCGUCAUCUCGUGCACCGUGUGCCUGGAGGAGUUCCAGACCCCCAUCACCUACCUGUCGGAGCCCGUGGACGUCUACAGCGACUGGAUCGACGCCUGCGAAGCCGCCAACCAGUAGCACCGGGGCCCCCCCCGAUUUUUUUGGGGGGGGGGGGGCACAUCCUUGCCCCCCCCUCCUGGCCCUUUUUUUUUUUCUUUCUUCUUUUUUUUUCUAUUUUCUUUCAGUUUUUUACUUUUUGGACCCUGGCUGGGGGGGGCAGCAGCUCGGGACUCCCCCGGCAGGGAAUGGCCCCCCCGGCUCGGGCUGGGUGCUGGCCCCGGGGGGCCGCGGGGGAGGGAGGGCAGGGGGGGUUGCGAAUAAACGCCCGCGUGGGGCCACAGCA